CGUCGGGCGCAGAAUGGAUAGCGGGACUUGUUUUUUUGCUUGCUAAAUUGACCAAUGUUACGAGGACCAAUGCUUUGAAAAUGUCGGCUUCGUAUGAUGAUGAUCGGCUGCAAGCUUGCGGUAUCCUCAGGAGGUUUCCUACUGAUGACGAAUUCUUGCUGUCAACAGCCUGACAUCUCUGAGCUCAACAGUAAUCAGACGAAGUACAUAGCGAUGUCAAGGGAGUUGUGCGUGUGGGGCAGUGCCGUCCAAACCCUGCAAGCUCAGGAGUUCGCAUGUUUGGCAUGGAGCUGCUGGACAAGUGGUGCUUAGCCUGAUGUUUUCUUGACACAUCCGAGAUUUAGCAGCCUCUGCCACGUUGCACGCGCAGAAGCUUUCCGACCCGUCAAGACUGGGGACAAGGGAGAAAUGAGUGACAAAUGAC